CCAUCCAUUCAUUCAAUGGACGUCAAUGCACGCGUGUUCUUCCCCACACCGCACGUCGUGCCUGCCUGCCUGUCUGUCUGUCUGCCCCCGCUCGAUCGACUGUGUCUCGGGUAGCUCUGGCUGCCUUCCACUGAAACCAGCCAACACGUAUGCGUAUCGGCUUGUUGCAGCAGAAGCAGCUGUUCCAACCCAAGACAUAGCGACAUGAGCCCCGGCAGCCAGCUCCACUCCACUCACGGCAAAAACAGCCUUUCGAGUCUCAUGUGACGUGUCAUACCCACAUUGAGCCAGCUUCCAUGCAGCGCAAAAAGGCGCCUCAGCUUGAGCCACAGCCAUCUUCAGCUUCUGUCAUCGCUAUCUUUUGACCGUGAAGCAGUGCGGCAUCUGCACACCACACACACACACACACAAAACUCCCUGUCUUCUCCAGAGUUCGUGUGCAGUGCAUGGCUACUCACCGCGAAGAAUUUGACGUGCGAGCCGAUGACCCGCAGCCCCGCCGUCGACAACAGGAUGAUCACAGCUAGCAAACUGUAACCACACACACACACAGGUGCAAUGUCACGUCGGUCGAAAUCAGUCUCUGGCAGGGCAGGGCUGUGUGUGGUUUUGUUGGCCGGCCUGCCUGUUGAGAGUGAGGGCGAAUCCCAGGAGGAAGAGGACCACAUUGAGGGCGUUAUAUACAGCCAGGAAGUCAGCAAACCGCCAAAAGUACCCUACCACUACACACACACAUACACACCCAUCACUCAUGAAUUGGUCAAGCGUCACGUCCGCCCCUCUACACCUGUGCUUACACGGCAGCAGGUGCACGCCGAGCAUGAAGGAGUACAGCGUCUGCACGGCCCAUGACAACUGCCCUGGUGAUGCUGCCGCACCGGUCGGCGGGUUGAACGGCACCAAUGACCCACCUGCACCGCAUCAACAUGCGGACGCAGCCAACACACAGCAUACACACACACACACACACUCUCGGUGCCUGUCUGCGUACAUCUGUGUGGGUGUAAGUGUGUUUGAUCUGACCGGCUAAUGCGACGAUGAUGCCUAUGGCCUGAAUGGCGAGGCAGAGAAACCAGUAGAAAGCAAGACGCUCGAGGAUCGGCUGGAUUACAGCACCUGCAACCAAAGACCAACCAGCCGAUCCACCAGCCGAGAUACACGGCGUGUGUGUGCAGAGAUGAUAGGUAGGUGCCCACACGUACGUACGUUCUGUUUCGCUGGCGUAGACGACCACAGUGCCCUGCUGAAGCCGCUGCUGCCUCUCCUCCUCACCUGCCACAGGGGGCACACAGACAGACGUACACACAUCAACAGCACACAGCAAACAACAACAUGGAUUUCUGCUUUCCCCGUUCCUCCCGCCUGCCUUCCUGCUCUGUAUGCUCGUGUCUGUCUGCCUGUGUGUCUUGUCAGGCGCACUUUCUGUGGUGCCCGCUCGCACGGUGGAGAAGAGUCCCCUGAGGGAGGUGGGCGGGAAUCCGAUGGACAUGUUGCCAUCUGGGUAUACGAGCUGGGACGGCAGCUUCUUGUCCCUGCGGAUGGCCACGUGUGUGAUGGCGUGCUGGUGGUACAGCAAAGGCAUCCCAUUCUCCAGAUGCUCCAGACGCAGGAUGGACUUGGACGUCAUUGCCGUCACGCGUGCGUGUUAUAAGCCGAGCCGUGUGGUGGCGUGUUUCAGCUGCGCCAAUCCGGU